UUUUUCUAGAUUUAGAUCAGUCUGCCGCGAGCUUUCCUGAAGGAUGCACGUUUCGCGCCUCUCCAUUUAUUUAUAUGUGAACGUUUAUAGUGAAAAAUUAAAUUUACAAUAUGCCCGUGAAAUGACAUAGACACUUAAUUUAUUUGAAUAAUUAAUAAAGUCAAAAUAAGUUUUUGAGUAAAUAGUAAAGUUGGACGUAAACGAAGAAAAUACCGAGGCGUGCAAGAAGCCAUGCAUAUGCGCGUCUUUAUUGUGCUGGUUGCUAUGACAACCAUGAUUCUGGGUCUUAUGAAUAAUAAAAAAUACACAAGUGGACUAAAUAGAUCAUUACCGUCAGCUCACGUAACGGCGAUCCCGGGUGAUACGGUAUCUCUCCCAUGUGACACUCAGCCCAGUGCUCAAGACAAGGUGGACAUGGUUCUAUGGUUCAGAGAGACUGAUGGGGAACCUAUUUACACUUAUGAUGUGCGCGGGCGCCUAAUUAAUCAGCCGAAGUUGUCAUCAUCAUCCAGUGCAGUUGGUACACGUGCCUACUUCCACGCCACGGCCACUCCUGCUACUCUUUUAUUGGAACGUGUGACUCCAGCGGAUAGUGGAAUUUACCGGUGUCGGGUAGACUUCCAAAACUCACCAACACGAAAUUAUAGAGUUAAUUUGACAGUCAUCGCUCCACCGAAUCGGCUGACUAUAAUUGAUGCGAGAACGCGGGACUCAAUGCGUUUGUUGGAACCAUAUAAUGAAGGAGACACAAUUGAGCUGUUGUGUGAAGUAAGUGGAGGAAAUCCACGGCCACGUCUCGUAUGGUAUUUAGAGAACACAAUAAUAGACGAGACGUUUGAACAAAGGGACAACGGAGUUACCAGCAAUACAUUAACAUUCCCAAGACUGGGACGACAGCAUCUUAAUGCUAGGCUUAUCUGUCAAGCCUCCAACACAAACUUAGCGCCACCGCUGCGCAAAGUUGUUAUCCUGAACGUAAACUUGAGACCUCUAAGCGUGCAGAUAGUGAAGAAACAAGAACAGCUAUCUGCUGACCGCAGCUACCAGGUGGAAUGCAUCGUUACUGGGUCUCGUCCUCCACCCCAAAUCACCUGGUGGAUAGGUUCUAAGCCUCUAAGAAAGAAUGUCAAAAUCUUUACAAGGUCAAACUCGACGCGAAGUGUAGUGCAGCUUGUGCCAGAAGCACAAGAUCAUGACACAAAUCUGAUUUGCCGUGCUGAGAACCCUCGUCUCAGAGCUAGCAGCCUUGAGGACACGUGGAAAUUAGCCGUUCAAUAUGUACCAAUAGUCAGCCUCAAAAUGAGCUCUAGCAAGAACUCGUUUCACAUCGCGGAAGGAGAUGAUGUUUACUUGGAAUGCAGUGCAAGAGCCAAUCCGCGUCCUAGUAACUUCUUAUGGUUCAAACAGGGUAUGGAAAUAACGCAAAACGUCAGCGCAGAGGUUUUAGUGAGCAAGCAAAUCCUGGUGCUGCAAAAUGUAACUCGCAACGACUCCGGAGAGUAUAAUUGUGCAGCACAGAACGAUGAAGGAAUAGCUACAAGCAACGCAGUUAAUGUACAAGUUAGAUAUCCACCAGCGUGUAUCUCAUCGGAGAAGAGCGAAGUACUCGUAGUGCUGGAGAAGGAGACUGUAGAGUUAAUAUGUGAAGUUAACUCUAGCCCGCCACCAAAUCACUUUAUGUGGUCGUUCAAUAAUUCCAAGGAAUACAUGGAUAUAGAUCCAAAAUACUACAAAUCAAGCGGAUGUACAUCAACUUUCCCGUACACACCAAGUUCAGAAGAGGAUUUUGGUGUCGUCUCAUGUUUGGCUUUUAACACCGCAGGCCUUCAAGACGAACCAUGCAACUUUAUACUGGUGGCUCCUACUGUACCAACGGCGCUACAUAACUGUUCAGUGUUGAAUCAGAGCGUUACAGCUUUGCAAGUGGAGUGUCAAGAAGGCUUUGAUGGAGGUCUUAUGCAGUUAUUCCACAUGGAGGUGCUGGAACUACCUUCUAUGAAUGUUCUGUCAAACGUUACCUCAAAUAUAUCAGUUCUGGAGGUAACUGGACUCCCUGAGCGCGCACGAGCCCAGUAUCUUCUCAAUCUGUACGCAUCGAAUGCGAAGGGAAGAAGCGAGAUCUCUACCUUGUAUACUGUUAUUUCACCUAAUCGAUAUACAGAGUCACACACUCCGCUGUCCCUGUCACCAAUGCUAGGGUACUUUGCCGUAGUUGGGGGUUUGUUAACUGCCUCAAUAUGUGCAGUGCUUGCGGCAGCUUACCACCGGUAUAGGACCCGUAAUAAUCGAACCCCCAAUAAUACCGUGGACUCGUUGUCAGAACGUGAUGACACGUACACAGCAUCCCCAAAGAUCGAAUAUAGCAGUCAGUUCGAACUAAAACUUGGCCCGGACGACAAUCCAGACUUUAUACGAUAUGGAGACAAAAUAGAAGAGAUGAACACGUGUGCAGUGAUUGACGCUAUGAGAAUAUGUGGCAAUCGACGCUUUAAUGGCGUACCUAGCAACUAUACUAUAUCCGUAGUAGACUGUGGUGUAACAGCACGUAGCGCGGACAUCGCAGCAAGUCAUGGAUCGAACGUACACGAGAGUUGUAUUUAAACUUUCCAAUCCUCUUAUAUUCUGUAUAUUUCCCGGCAAACAAGUUGGCGUAGCUCAUUAUAUGCACAGAAGUCAGCUUUAGAACUUGACACCAUUAAAGUACAUGUACGCGAACCCUUGGAGAUUCUUGCCAAGUUACAUGUUCGAUGCUAGUACUACAUUUUUGAAAUGUAGAAAUAAUGUGUGAUCUAUAAACUUAAAUUGGAUAAAUACAAUUUGACCAAUUAAUUAAUCACCGUGCCAAAUCGUUGUGCUAUUUUUUUUAGAGAAAAUAGUUGAAAUUGAAAUGUAUAUGUAUUAUGUAACGGAGAUUAGAAUUUUGUUACUUUACCUUAAAAUGUAAUGUUUAAAGUAUUAACGUUUAAAAAACCUCAAAAUUUUUAUAUUGUAUUUCAAUUGAAAGGCUGAUUUACUAUAGAAAUGUUGUAUAGUUAUUUUUAAAUUAUAAAAACUCAUGAAAUAAUAAUUGCAAGAUUCGUAUAAAAAUAAAAUUUAUGGUUGCUAUUCGUCAUAAAAAGGUAAAUUAUUAAAACUACAAUAAAUUGUUUUAUUAUGAUUUUAAAAAAUUUGGGUAAUUUGUUAUUAAAGUAAGUCGUAAAAAUACAGGUUUCGUUUAGGUUUAUGAAUACGUAAAGAAAAUUGUAAUUAAAUGUAAGGUUUUAUAUUAAACUUAUUAUUAAGACAAAAUUGUUACAUAUUGUUGUAUAAGGACUGCAAAUUAUACAAUGAAGUUAAAAUUGUCAAUUUAUUAUUAUUAUUACAUAGCACAAAACAACAUGUAAGACAAAAUUAUUUGUUGUCAAAAGUAGUUUCUUACUUAACAUUAACUUAAAUUAAAGCUUUUUAUCCAGAAAUGUAAAAUAAGGUACUAAAAUUCGCAAAGAGUAGGAGAUAAGAUACUUCGUGACGAUGCGUCAAUAAUACGUUUAAUAGCUUGACACGGUACCGCGCGAUCGACAAUUAUGGCGUUUUCUAGUAUAACUGGCCAAGGGGUGGCAGCGGAAUAGUUGUAACAUUCCAAAUACAUAUCAAUUUUCGAAGCCGGCAGCUACAGCUUCGAUUAACAACUAAGAAUAAGAAAAUAACAAGUAGCAUGGACUUCAAUCAAAGUGAUUGAUUUUAAACAAUAAAAUCGUGUGUAUUAUAUCCAAAGUACAUUGACUACACGUUUAAUAAAUUUUUAGUUCGGUAUUCAGAGUCACUCAAAUUUCAUUUGUUUCAUUGGGAUAUUGAUAUACUGACGCAAACCAUUCCGUAACACUUUUACACAAGUAAAAUACGCAGAGAUUUAGCACAUUCAGUUGGGAUAAAAUUCAGAAUCGUUUACGAAAAUCAAUACUCUUUAUCAAUGUGUUUCUAGAUAUUGUAUAUAGAAUAAAUUGAACAACGAAUAAUUUUGUUCAAUUUUCGGCCUAUGUAUAUUUGGUCGUAUAUAGAAAGAUACAUUUUCGAUGUUGUAUAUAAUCAUUGUUUUUGUUGAUUUGAGUAUUGUGUUGAUUUUAUAAAAUAUACUAAAUGUUACGUUUAGAAUGUACUUCAUUACGGUGAAUUGCUGAAGCCGUUUUUGAGACAAUGAAAAUGGGUUAUAUUAACUAUAGUUCGUAUUGCCAUCAGUAAGUAAGCUUUUUAAUCCAUCCCUGCAAACAACUUAACCUAACUACUAUUAUUUAUUUUUCUGUAAAUGUGUCCUCUAAACUAAGUACGAACGAUACAUAUUAUUAAAAUAAAGGAAUAGUCAUAGGAUUAAAUGUGGAGGAACAUAAUACCUGCUUUAUUAUUGCUGAAAAACUGAGGUUUUUAUAUUGACUAUAUACGUCGUGACAAAAUAUUGGUUGUGUUAUGAAUAAAAACCUAUUUACAUGAUAGAUUAUAGGGAGAGUGAUUUUAAAAUUUUGCGUGUUGCUGUGUGUGCAAUGUUGUUUCAUUGCACACACACUGGAUGCUUGUGAAUGGUUAUCAUUAAUAAAAAUGUAAUUUAUGUGUAUAUACAUUUGGGGGUGGAAUCUUAGCGCAGGUCAGGAUUACCCCAUAACUAUGCCCGUUUUACUUCUAACAACAGAGAUGACAAAUUUUAAAAAUAUACUAAUGUACUAGUUUCAUAACGUUAAUAUUCAGUUAGGUCAAUCUUGUAGCUAUCAACAUAUUUGAUGAGAAGAUGCAAAGGCAUUGGAAAUCACUUCAAGAUGUAAAAUUUAAAGCUGACAUUUUUCUGUCGUAAGUUGACCUGUCGAGAACUUGAACGAUAGAAACAAAAUUAUUGAUAGGCUUAAAGCAAAGUACCUAGUAGCUCAUAGCAAUAUGAUGCUAAAUCGUGCUACAUACGAUUUUUAAGGUGUCUUGUAGGACAUGUAAUCGUAUUAAAUGUCUUGAUGAAUGUGACCUCUAUCAUAUUAAAGAUACGGAUGUAUUUCUUUAUCGUUAAUUAACUUUCGAAUUAUUAAAGUUAUUGUUGUAAAUAUAAAUGUUUAUAAAUUAUAUCUAGUUUUAACAUUGACUGAUACUAAUUAUGUAGUAGCCAAAUAUUAUGUAAUGAUGAUAAUUGU